AUGGCUCCGCCCGCGAAGCGCCGGCGGCGGAACAUCGUCGAGGCUUCAGACGACGAAGACGAACAGCCCCGUGUUAAUACCUUGAACAAAUUCCUUCUUUCCUCACCAAGUUCCUCUACGAAAAGCCGCGCCCCUACAGCUUCUCCAAGUCCUACAAAACCCAAAGUCCUCACCAACAAGCCAGCAGCCAAGAAUGGCUCCCUCCGUCUACCCCGUCGAGCGCAUCAAAGCCAGCGCAACAGUACGAGCCCGAGUACCAAACGAACGAAAGAUGUCGGAAAGGCAGCAGACAAGGGAAAGACGGCAGACUUGAAGACCCUUUUCUCCAAUCAGGCACAGAGAGCUGCAAAGACAGCGGCUGUGGACAAACGAUCCGUCCCCCUCGACGAUAUUAUCAGUGAUCCCAUCUCAGAAGACGAUGAUAUUUCAGAGCAGAAAGCGAGUUCUUCGAGUCUGGUUGGUCAACACGCUAAAAAGAGGCUACGAAAUGAUUCACAGACGGCAUUCUCGACCGCUCCCAGCGCUAGCCAGAAGUUCAUCAAACCACAGAAACCAAUACCCCUUGCCACCGCUAACGAUGAUUCACGACCAUGGUCCGAACGAUUUGGGCCGCAGAACCUGGAGGAACUCGCCGUACACAAGAAGAAAGUAUCAGAUGUGAGAAGAUGGCUGGAUGAUGUGUUAGCAGGACGCAUGCGACAGCGUCUGCUCAUCCUCAAAGGUGCAGCCGGUUCUGGGAAAACGACAACGAUGCGACUUUUGGCGAACGACAUGGAUUACGAACUUCUUGAAUGGAGAAAUCCUGCAGGGAGCUCUGGGUUGGGAUUCGUUUCGGCAUCGGCGCAAUUCGAAGAAUUUCUUGGUCGCGGCGGGAAAUUCGGAGCGCUAGAUACAGACGUCCCGGCAUUACCAUCCUCCCAAAGUAGCUCGCAAGCUACACGAAAAAGCGAUUCUAAACGAGUUAUACUCAUUGAGGAGUUUCCAAACACGUUUGCAAAGUCUUCGACUGCACUGACAUCUUUCCGCAAUACCAUUCUGCAAUACCUUGCCCAUAACACACCCUCUCUAUCCAUGUUUGCGAAGCCUUCUCAACAGGGACCCGUGACACCAGUAGUCAUGAUCAUUUCAGAGACUCAUCUUACAACGACAUCCGCUUCAGCUGACAGUUUCACCGCACAUCGGCUCCUUGGUCCUGAAAUAUUACAGCAUCCUGGGGUUGGCAUGAUUGAGUUUAACGCCAUCGCGCCAUCUUUGCUCCUAAAAGCACUCGAAUUAAUCGUCCAAAAGGAAGCGCGGAAGUCGGGACGAAGGAAAACCCCGGGUCCCCAGGUUCUGAAGCGUCUCGGUGAGAUCGGAGACAUCAGAAACGCCGCCUCGUCGCUUGAGUUUCUUUGCUUGAAAGGUGACCAACAAGGCGAUUGGGGCAACAAGGUUGCCUUUUCGAAGCAGACCAAGGGUACGAAGGAUGCUAUCAAGCUUACGCAGGGUGAAGAGGAGAGUCUGGAGUUGAUAUCACAACGCGAAGCGAGUCUGGGCAUCUUCCACGCGGUUGGAAAGGUGGUCUACAACAAGCGAGAUGAAUUUGCUCCGCGGGAUGAUACCACUGAAAGACUACCGGGCUUUCUCUCGCAACAUUCACGACCAAAACGGUCAGAAGUUUCCGUGGACACUCUAAUUGACGAGACUGGUACCGACACGCACACUUUCGUCUCGGCGUUACAUGAGAAUUACGUUCUAUCAUGCGAGAGCACAGAUCCUAUGGACUUGUCAACACCGAUGGAUUAUAUCAAUGAUUGUAUCGAGUACCUAUCCCAAGCCGAUCUCCUCUCCCCAUCAAGAGACAUAUUCUUCGGUGGUAGAGGCGGCUUCUCGAGCCCGGACUCUGGCAGCCAUGUAUUGCGACAAGACGAAAUAACAUUCCAGGUCGCUGUUCGUGGCAUGUUGUUCUCUCUACCCAACCCUGUCAAACGUAAGUCGUCGUCCAUGUCCAAGGGUAGUGAUGCCUUCAAGAUGUUCUACCCAACUAGUCUCAAGCUCUGGCGCGCCAAGGAAGAGCUGGAGGGUUUUGUGGAUAUGUGGUCCACAAAGUUACUGAAGGGCGAUGAUGGAGCGACCAAGAACCUGACCGAUGGCGCCACAGCGUUCCGUCGCCCACAACAAAACUCUGAUGAAACUUCCUGGAUGCAACGCAAGCAACAGAGCCGACAGGCUGUUAUGAAGCUGCAGAAACAGAAGCAAGAGGAAGAUGAGACCCAGGACACUCCUCUACUUUCACUCGGUAGCGCAGCUCGGCGCGAGAUGCUCCUUGAGCGUCUGCCGUACAUGGCUCAUGUUGCCCGAGCUCGCAAGACAUCCACUUUCCGUCUCCGCGAUCUUGAAAAGGUAGUAGCGUUUAAAGGCAUCAACGCCGCAGACGAAGAAUCCGAUGCGGAGGAUGAUAUGGCACCUGGAGAAGCGUGGGCGACAGACAAGCCCUCUGAAGAAAUGAGCCCUCGAAAGAAGCGCGCGGGUAUAAAGGAUGGGAAUGUAUCAGGGUUGCUUGCUCAGAAAUUGGUGCUCAGCGAUGAUGACAUCGAAGACUAA